AUGAACACACACGCGAUCGUUCUGGAAAAGCCCGAGACCAUCGCCCUGCGCGAUGUGGGCCUGACCGCGCCGCAGCCCGGCGACGCCGUCGUCGAUGUGUUGUGGAGCGGCAUCUCGACCGGCACCGAGAAGAUGCUCUGGGACGGCACGAUGCCCACUUUCCCGGGCAUGGGAUACCCGCUGGUUCCCGGCUACGAAGGCGUCGGCCGCGUGCGGGAGGUGACGGACGGGUGCGGCCUCUCAGAGGGACAAUUGGUCUUCGUGCCCGGUGCGCGCUGCUAUGAGGAUGUCCGGCCAUUGUUCGGCGCCAGCGCCGCGCGAGUCGUCGUCGGCGGCAAGAAGGUCUACCCGGUCAGCGAAACGCUCGGCCGCGACGCCGUGCUGCUGGCCCUUGCGGCCACCGCCCAUCAUGCUCUGACGCUGCCCGGUGUCGCCCUGCCCGGCCUCAUAGUCGGCCAUGGCGUGGUCGGCCGGCUGCUCGCCCGGAUCGCCAUGGCGCUGGGCGCUGAUGCGCCCACGGUCUGGGAGAUCAAUCCGGCGCGCCGCGAUGGCGCGACCGGAUAUGCCGUCACCAAUGGCGAUGACGACGACCGCCGCGAUUACGCAACGAUCAUCGAUGCCAGCGGCGAUCCGGCGAUCAUCGACCGGUGCGUCCCGCGCCUUGCCCGCGGCGGGCAGAUCGUCCUUGCCGGCUUUUACGGCACGCCGCUGAGCUUCACGUUCCCGCCCGCCUUCAUGCGCGAGGCCUCGAUCCGCAUCGCGGCCGAGUUCCAGCCCGGCGAUGUCAAUGCCGUGCUCGAUCUCGUCACGGCCGGAAAGCUCGACCUUUCGGGCCUGAUUUCCAAUCAAGCGUCCGCCAGAGACGCCAACGCGGCCUACCGGACGGCCUUCAACGAUCCGGCCUGCACGAAAAUGGUUCUGACCUGGGAGAAAGACGCAUGA